GCAAAUUUUUUUUCGCAGCAUAAGUUUCUAGUUUCAACACCUGCAUGUCAACGAAAUAUUUUGAAUUCGGUAGUGAAUGUCGACAGUUUAUUGGCACGAUCGCAGCGCACGAUGAAAGAAAACAUCGUAUUUUAUGGGAGAUUACUCAAGAAACGAAAUUUAUGAAUUGACUCUUGAUACUGGUACAAAAAUUCAUUGUCGCCAGAACAUAAAAGUAAAUCUCAUUUAUGUUAACAGCUUUAUUACAUUUAUGUCCAACAAACAACUUGUUAUCGAAUGAUAUUCUCAUGUACGUUAACAAUAUUUUGCUUAUGUUAUCUCUGUGGCAACUAAUUAAACUAAAUUUCAAUUACAGAGAGAUAACCUUUCUAAUGCCGGAGAUAAGUAGACUAAAAAUAAAAACAUCUACUGUAAUCAUGUUAGUUAAUUGUAACAUUAUUGUUUUAUUAUGAUAAUAAUUUGAUACGUUUUAUUAAUUACUUAGUUGACUUAUAGUCGUCCCGGAAGAAGCUUGGGAUUUUUCCCUCCAUCAUUCCUUACCCCUUUAUUGUAAUAUUCCGAAAAAUAUAUUCUGCGCUCGCGUAAAGUCAAAUAUUGUGGUAAGGGAAGAAUAAAUGUGGUAGGGCAAUGUCCCGAACCAGUGCAGCCAGAUCGCGGACGAAAAGUUCCUCUUCCCAAGCACCGUUUAAGCUGUGAGUGAUGCUAAAAUGGUGCGAAGGAAGGGGAACUUUUCAUCCACGAUCUGGCUGCACUGUCCCGAACUUUCUAUGGGAAGACUGUAGAAGUGGACUAAGAUUUUUUGGAGUUAUAUGAACGUCAACUGAUAUCCUGAUCGUUUGAAGCAGUUAACAUGGAACUUUCUGCAAAAAUUACUCUAAGAUCAGAUCAAAAAUGAAUAAAACAAAAAUGUUAGCAUAUAUUUCAAUAAAAUUCACAUUUACAUAAAAUACUAAUCUAAUAUUUUAAUCAGCAAUUUUGUUUUGAGACCAAAAUACAAAAUAUUAGCCACUUGACCUCUAGCCAGUUGUUCUGAAAAUACGCCAAGUUUCAUUAAAAGUAAUGACUCAUAAUUUCAAAACAUCGCAUAAAGAGGCUUGUUAAAUGUCGAGAAUGUACUUGUUAGUUGAAAAAUAACAUUUGCGGUUGAUAAAAGCUUUUGGAACAAAGCCACAUUACAAUGCAUGCGUGUUUUCAAAUUUUGCUGAUGGUUUAUUAUCACAUUCUUUUAUCUUUUAUUUUUAGCAGUAGAUCACCUUGACUUUAAGAAAAAACCAGAUUUCCGAGGUCGCUUCUAUGACUGUAUCGAAAACAAACGUCACAAAAACAAACACUGAUGGUUUGAAAUUUUUGUAAAUAAAUGAUUAAUAGUGAGCUUAAUUCAGAUAGGCAUGUACAUGUCAUAAAUAUAAGUGCGAUAAUAAUCAUGAGAUAAAUAUUUGUUCUAUGAAUCUUGCCUCAUUUUGUUGUGAUGAAGAACUUAUUUACGAAAGAAUUGCACUUCGGUAAGAUCUACGAUAAUCCGUUUAAGCCCUGUUAUAACAAUUUUCUAAAAUUCUGACACAAACCCGCAGUGAAAUAACGAUUUCAUCAAAAUAUUGAACUGGCGGGCUGUUUACAUGUCAUAAAUAUUAUUUUUGCAACGAAAAGAAUAAUACAAACUGAUUUUCCUUAGUAACUUUAGAUUUUUAUUGGAGUGUUGAUGAGUUAAAUUGGGAGUGUUGAUGAGUUUUAUUAGUUUACAAAAAUUGAAUUAAAAUAUAUUAACACAAAGAGAUGAUAAAUUAUAAUAAAAUAUAAAACUGCUUGACAAAUUGCAUUUAUUUAUACAGUAGGAACGAGAAAAAGACGUUAAAUAUUUUUAUUAUCAGCGGUUUUAUUGCAAGCGUAGGUUUUUUAUCUGACGUAAUAAAAUAACGAGCUAAGUAAUAAAUAAGUGCCAAAAAUCAUUGUUAUUAAAUGUGUAGUUGUUGUAGUGAUUCAAUUUACGUUUGUAAUAAGAUUCGCUAAAUGAGAAAAUUUCAGUUUGGAGAUCACUACUAGUACGCAAAAGCGCAGUUUCUAUGAAAAACUCCAUACUAUCGUUAAAACCCCCACCAGGAACACACUCUAGGUCGAAAAUUUCGACAUGAUACCUGUUGGGGAAUACCAAAGAAGUUGGUUCCGCCUAUAUUAUUUUUAUGAUUUUCAUCACCGGAUGACAUCAUCACUUCAAAAUUAUAUAACAGAAAUUUAUUCACUAUUUUCGUUCAUCAUUCAAAAAGCUAAUAGAUUUACUACUUAGUAUAGUAUUUCCUUGAAAAUUGUUGGAAAUUUCUGGAUAGAUCAAGAUUGAAUGCAAGAUCUAGCUACGCUACUAUGUGAAUUGAGUAAUUUGAAUUGAUUUACUUCAAUCGAAGAAUUUUGACUUCUACACCAUCAUCAACUAAUAAAUAUACGUGUUUUAUUACGUAGUGUCUAUGAUAUAAAUUAUUGUAUUGCAGUAUUAGUCACGUGAGAUAGAGCGAUAGUAACUUGGCAAAUGAAUCACAAUAUUGAAUUCAAUGCGAGAAAUGAAACAAAAUCGUUUUUUAAAAAUAUUAAUUUCUUUUAUUAGUUACAGUAUAGGGGAAUAUACAUAUAUAUAUGUGUAUAUAUAUAUAUAUAUAUAUAUAUAUAUAUAUAUAUAUAAAUAUGUACCCCCUCCUUAUUCUGUAACUAAUAAAUAAGCUAUUAUAACAAAAAAAAGUUAAAAACUCAUUUGUUCAAUUUUUUGGUUUGAAUUCGAUGAUAUCGAUUUGUUACGCGUUGUAAACGAACACGGAUCUAAAAGUUUAUGUGCUACAUAAUUAAAUACAGUUAAAUAUUUGUCAAUUACAAUUCUGCAUUAAAAACUUCAAAUCCUAUUUUUGAAUAAGAUUUUACGUCUUCUGCUUCAAGUAUUUUGUCGAAUACUCUGCCUAAGCAUCCUGCAUAAUAUCAUUACUACAGAGACAUUGAACAUUAGCAAAAUACAUUAUACAGUAGAAAGUUUAUCAGCUUUCGCAAUUAGGAACAAAAAUACUGAACAAAGUUCUGAAACACAAUGCCGGCCAUCGAGGCAUGAAUAUGAUGCAUAAAAAAAUCCACUCAGCGAGUUUGCACUAUAUUAAUUUCAUACAUUUACAGUAAUCGUCACUACAAGUUUUAUUUCUCAUAAAUAGUCGUUUUUGAAAAUUUCUUGUUGGCAAGCACCGCUAGUCGAGGUAUCCUCAAAGUCAUAGUAAUUUCUUACAAAAUCUCGAAAAACCUCUUAGAAGUGCUUUUCAAGGCGAUUAUUUCAAUGUGCAAUGAAUAUAAUGUUCACUAUCAAAGAACCAUGCAAAAUUAUUUAAAUUUACAUUCUUUACAAACGGAAUCACCACAAUCGACACUUGGUGAAGUACAAUCAUCAGAAUUGAAAAUUUAUCAAGAGCUCUUGAGUGCACUUGCAUUGAUAAUGAUGGUUAUGAAAGGUUAUUACAAGUAAUGUAUUGUUUCUUGUGUUAAAUAUUUUAUUGUUAAGAUCUUAGACUAUAGAAAAACUAAACUUGUUUAAUUAAUUCGCUUUAUAGACUGAUGCAAUAAAGUUUGUCAAUAAGUUGAUAAAAUCGAGUAAUUUUUGCUUACGCACCACUGAUAUAUUCAAUCUAAGUUUGUUUAGUUCUCUAACAAGAACUCAUGACUGUUUGAAUAUUAAAUAGGAAAUAUGGGUAGAGUCAAAAGUGUGCAUACAUAUACCCUUAAGUAGGAGAGCACUCGGCGCGACACCGGAGGGAUCCGGGUUCGAAUCUCGGUCUGAGCUGUCCCUAUUAUUUUUUCGGUUUGUCUGUGUAUUUGUUUUAAGAAAAUUUCUCAUUUAUCUUUUUGUUUCCUUGCUAGCCGAUUUAUGAUGAAUGAAAAAUAGUUUUUUAUAUUACAUUACGGCUGUUUGUAUAACUAUUUCAGAUCCUGCAAAUGUUGCUUGUUCAUUUAGAGUAUUGUUGUAAAUAAUGUACAUGUCUUAGUUAUAAAUUGAUUUAUUUUUAGAAAUAUAAAUAAAUAAAAACCUUCCUGCUACUUUGUAUUAUGCAAUUAAUAAUAAAGAGUGUGAACAUGUAAUAACAUUUGUGUUUAUUUACUUUGUUUUACAAUACGUUUUCCCCAUGAUGUGACUCAGUUAAAAUUCCUCAUAAUUCAUUAUUAUUUAUUAUUAUUGUUAUUUAUUGUUCAUUGGCCAUGGAGUAAUAACUCCUUGCGGCCAUCCAUUUACAAAUGCAAAAUAGUACAGUUUAAUAAAUGCUAUAUAAUGAUACAAAAAGUUUACAUAUAAUAGUUAACUAUAAUUAAUACAAUAUAAUUAAUACGAUAUACGAUAUACACAACCAUCAACAAAACAAUCAAUAGUUUAUAAAUCAAAUAUAAAAUGUUCAUAACAUGACUUUCUAAAAUCCAAAAACGUCGGUUGUGAUGUACAGUGUUCAGGCAAGGCAUUCCAUACUUUAAUUGCACUAAUGAAGAAAGAAUUAUGAAGAAUGUUGACGAGACUUCCCCGUAACCCAAAAGUUUAUUCACGUGGCAUUUACGCGUAAUGAAUCUUGUGGUUUCAAAACUAAGAGGUUACAUAAGUUCAAAUAAAUGAAUGAGUAGACGCAGAUAAGUAUUGUGUGUACGCAAAAUACAUUUGCGAUAAAAAAGGUCAGUAUAUAAGCCAACGCGCCAUAUCUAACGAUCAGUAGGCCCUUUGGCGUCGUCGUUGUAAAACGUGUUUUGGUUUUAAUUAUAAUAGCGGGCUCUAUUCUGAUUCGUUCAGAGGAUUUUAUAGUAAGCGCAAUAAAAGUAAUACUUUAAUGGUAUCCAUUCGACAAUCAGUUUGAUUCUGCUCAUUAUACCUAAAGAUGGAUAUUAAGAUGGCUUACCGAUAUUAUGUGGUGGAAUUUGCGGAUCCGCCAUACAGUGACGUCGAUCGAUACGUUUGCAUACCGCAUUCUUGGAUUCAGUUACGUGAAAUAGCGGAUCAAGCAGUUGUUGCUAAAUUUCCCGUUGAAAAUUUAUCAAUAACAAAAAAACGUGUUAAAGAUGGUGAGGUUUUCUCAGAUGGUUGGUCAAUUUAUGUGGCUGAAGUUAAAUAUGGCACUGAUUCUUACGAAGACGCAGAAAAAUACAUCAAAACACUCAAUGAAAAAUUAAUUAACAAGCAAAGCUGUUCAGGACCGGUCAAUAAUGGCAAUGGACCGUCCAAGAUAAUAAAGAGCUUACGAAGGUCCAAGCGAAAUCAGUCAAAUCUAAGUGUAAAUAAACCUCAAAUAUCUGAAGCUCCGUCAAACUAUACCAUAGAACGCGUAUCAGAACAGCUAGCGGUGAUCGGUACAGAAAUAGAAACUCAUAAAAAACAAACUAACGGAGUCGAGACUGUUAACUCUGCGAAUGAGGUCAUAAAACAGACGAAUGCCUCAUUUGAAUCAUUAAAUGACAAACAGCUAAUAUCGAAUUGGGAAAAUUAUGCGUAUGAAAUUACCGUUAGACAAGAAAAUAAUAAUGAGGAAUCAAACAAUGUUGAUUCAGUUGGAAAUAAUAAUAGUCUAGAAGGCAUUGAAGCAAAUGAAUCACUAGUGAAUCAUGAUGACCCGCAAUCAAUAAACGAAUCAUUGAAUCCUUUAAUAAUUAGCGAACCAAUUUCAGAUACUAGCAAACCAGGUCUGGUAAAAAACGCCAAUGACAUCUUUUUUGAAGAAGGCUUAUCAUUCCUCGAUCAUAUCAGCGAUGCAUUUUUUCAAAACUGUACGGCUUUAGAAAAAUUAAUGAAUAAGGUAAAAAAUUGCUAUGGUAGCGGAAGUUGUGAUCUUAUUAAUACUACAAUAAAAGAUAUGGUAGCUCCGGUGGUAGAAGAGAAAGGACGUGAAGAGAAAGAAAUUGAAAGAAAAAGACAAGUGGCAAAAAGAACACAAGCUGAAAUAGGGAUUAUUAAAAGAAGAGAGGCUGAAAGGAACGAACAGGAAUAUGAUAAUGUUGCUGAUAAUGAUGAGGAUGAUGAUAAUGAUGAUGAUGAUUAUGUGAAAAGAAAACGAUUUCAAUCUCGCAAACUUACUUUACCACCUGAAUAUGAUAAAAAUGACUCAAAAUGGACUUUAAGGUAUCGUGAGUACGCACCAGGGCUUGUUGAACUUAUGGAACAUACAGGCGUGUAUAUCAAUGCUGUCAGACUUAUGAAUUGUAAAAGAUUCGCGAAAAAUUCUAAAACACUAGCACGAUUAUUGUUAAUAGAAAUUUUUACAGAAAGUGCGUUGUAUACAUGUUCCUUAACUGGCGUUAGAGCUAAGGCAUUCGAUAUCGAUGGAACACAUGUAAGGCCUGGAUUGGAUGAAAACGCAAGAACUGUUUUAUUGACUUACGUUGAACAGUAUGCCCAAGCCAAUAAGUGGCCUAAAAUAGACAACCAGUCUAUUUUAAACAGUAUACGUAAUAAAAUGCAAGAAAUUAGAUUCAAAUGUAAUAAAUAAAUACAUUCAUAGAUUAUUUCAAUGUAUUAUUGUUAGAAAAGCUUACGGGUAAUUAGUAUUAGUUGAUUUAAAUAUUUUCAAGAAUUCAUUAGCGUAAUUUGAUAAGAUUUUUCCGCCUAGUGAUUAAGUAUACGUUUAUAAUAUUAUAUGUGGAAAUAAGAAUCAUAAUACCCUAUGUUUUUUUCCUCCUCAUUUUACUCCAACCACUAAUUAAUAAUCGAAAUAAAUCAAAUUAUUCUUAAGAGGAAUUUAUCAACAGUCGCCAUUCCGCUUAACUGUCAACAACUAGUUAAGAAUACUGAUGUAUAUCAUUCCCAAUACCGGUCGAACUAAUUGCUUGGACAAAACAUCUAGUAGUAGAAAAUCAAAUUAUUAUUUAGUGAGCAUAUUUAUUGCCUUUACAUUAGUAUUUGUAACCAACUCUACCAUCGCAUGUGUGCCUGUAUGUCAAAAGUACACCCGACUCGAAAUUUUGGCUCUCACCACACCUCGAACCACUAACUUUGCUGAGGUUGUGCAGAGUCAAUUGAAAAUAAAAUCAUUUAUAGCUUUGUUCUUCAUUUACUAUGGUGAGGUUAAAACGACGGCGAAAUUUUGAGCCCCAUACAGCCCUCUUUGGCUCAUCCUGUUUUAUUUGUUUUCCUGCUUAAAAAUUCCGAUAGAUUCUCAUUGCUGUAUGUAUAGAAUAUUUAUUUGUGCGCAUCAUUUAAUAAUUACUAUUACAAUAGAAAAUUCUUGAUUGUUGAUGAGUAAUUUAUUAAACUAUAUGUUUUUCAUAAAUAGCAAGUUCCAAUUUUCAUUACGUUUGUAUAAUACACUGUUGCUUUUUCGUUAGUACACGGAGAAAACGAGUCUCGAAAAUAUAGUAAUAAUUACAAUAUUUUAGUAAAAUUUACUAACAGAAAUGAAUAAAUACAUUACAUUUUGUAAUUAUUUCAAAACGUUUAGUAAAAUUUACAGUUCAGUAAUUAUUACAAUAUGCAGAUUUUAAAAAUUCCUAUACGUAAUAGAUUUUUUACUAUCAUGAUUGAAUUUUUUUUAAACAGAGUUGUAAAUUUUAUUACAUUAAUUUUUAAUAAAUACAAUACAACGGAAAGUAUAUUUUACAAAGCAAUAUAGUAAAUAUUACAUUUCUGAGAUUUGAUAAAUUAUUGAACGGAAUAUAAGUUUUGCUAUUCAUGAAAUAAAAUUUACUACGUGUAUUAUGAAUUUUAUUAUGCGCAUAAGAAAUACUACUAAGUACAUAGUAUACAAAAAUUACUAAACGUUUAGUAAUUUUGUACUAGGUUGAAACCAUAUCGUUGUAACCCGGCGUGCGCUCCACUCAGUACUGCCCAAACGGCUUUGGAAUAGUGUGUACUGUUAACCUGUCUUCAGGAAGCAUAACCUAUAAAAUUGUAUAGUGAUUAUUUGAGUGAAGGUGAAAUAUAUAUGCAUAAGCUUGUGAUUAAGAAAAGUGAAAAUGGAACUGCCGGUUAUAGACGCUUCUUUGGUUUAUAUUUAAUAUAAAUUUGGUUUAUAUAUAAUAUAAGUUAUUAUUAUUUACUUUUUAAUAUUUAUUAUAUUAUUAUAUAUAAUCAUAAUUAAUGUCUUUUCCUACAAAUACACAACAUAUUGUACUAUGACAAUAACUUUUUAAAUUAAAUGUUUUGUUAUAACAAUAAUAGCAAAUUGAAUCAUUUAUUUAUCCUUUAUAGACUCACUGAAUUUUUUAUGAUGAAUAAUUUUUAAAUUAGAUAAAUAGUUAUAAAUCUAGUUAACACUAAAUUGUCAACUAGUGUACAGUCAACUAUGCUCGAAUCAAUGAUUUCAAAUUAAUUAAUUAUACUUUAAAAAUGUAAUUGUUUAUAAAUCUUUAUAAUAGUCACAUAUAUAUAUUUGUUUAUAAGUAUGAAAAGAUUCAUGUAUUAAGAUAAAAAAAUGCAUUAUGUAUUUAUUAAUAAUUCGUAUAAAUAUAUUAUUUUUUACAAUCAGUUAAUUUUAAUUCUUACUUUUCAAAUUACGGAAGCUUAUUGUAAUUAUUAAUUGCAAUUAUUCCUAAGCAGGUUUUGUACUAUUCCAUAUUUGGGAUGUAUAUUUUACUAAACAGUAUAGUAAAUAUUCCAAUAUUCGUACUUUAAAAAUUACUAAACGAUUUACAAUUAUUCCUAAGCAGGUUUUGUACUAUUCCAUAUUUGGGAUGUAUAUUUUACUAAACAGUAUAGUAAAUAUUCCAAUAUUCGUACUUUAAAAAUUACUAAACGAUUUACAAUUAUUCCUAAGCAGGUUUUGUACUAUUCCAUAUUUGGGAUGUAUAUUUUACUAAACAGUAUAGUAAAUAUUCCAAUAUUCGUACUUUAAAAAUUACUAAACGAUUUACAAUUAUUCCUAAGCAGGUUUUGUACUAUUCCAUAUUUGGGAUGUAUAUUUUACUAAUCAGUAUAGUAAAUAUUCCAAUAUUCGUACUUUAAAGAUUACUAAACGAUUUACAAUUAUUCCUAAGCAGGUUUUGUACUAUUCCAUAUUUGGGAUGUAUAUUUUACUAAGCAGUAUAGUAAAUAUUCCAAUAUUCGUACUUUAAAAAUUACUAAACGACUUACAAUUAUUACUAAUGAGGUUUUAUACUAUUUCAUAUUUGAGAUGUAUAUUUUACUAAGCAGUAUAGUAAAUAUUCCUUUAUCCGUAUUGUAAAAAUUACUAACCACGAUAAGUAAAAUAUACUAAUGUGAUUAAUAAUAUUUCCUAUAUUUUCAAUAGCGGUUCAACAUUACAAUCUAAAUAUAGUAAUUUUUACCCAUAUUUUUUAGUAAAAAUUACUAUAUUUUUUUCUCCGUGUAGUUAUUGAGUCAUCCGUAAAUGAGACAGAGCGAGAUAUUUUGUUGCCCUUACACGCCCACCCACUUCACAAAAAAACAAUCUUGAACAGUCUACUGUAUGUUGACUGAAUUCUUUGUCGGGCACGGCGUCGAACGUUGGCGUUGGUUUCAGAAACUAAUUAAAAUGAAUUCUGAGUAUUUACAACUGUGAACUGUGCAUCAUCAAUUCAACUACUGUUGUUUGUGUAGAGGUAAGUAUCUUGAUUUUUUCCUUAAAUUGUAGCCCUUUUGUCUUAAAAUAAGUGUUUACAGUGGAACUUCUAUAACUCUUACAUCUCCUAACUUUAAAUUCCCUUUAUUUUUGUCAAGAAAGUAGGAAAAGUAUCCGUGUACUACCAUGCAUUCUCUCUUAUUUCUGGAAUUUCGAGCCUUUCGUUGGCAAAGUUUAUGAGCUUUCCCUACGACAAAAACCAUAUAGAGCUCGUAGCCUUGAAAAUGGGACGAAUUCAAUGCAUCUUAAAAUAUAACAUUUGUUUUUGGAUUAAAUGAGCAAUUUUCUUUAGACUUCAUAAGAGUUAUCAUUUUAUACGACACCGGUAUGCAAGAACAUUGUAGUUGAGUAGGGAAUUAAGGCACCGUUCGGGUGUUUCGCAUCUAUAUUUAUACGAAAGACGUCAUACUCGUUUAUCAUUCUAUU